AUGUCAUUGGGCGGAGACAAUUUUUUAGAUGCUGCUGCGUCUUUUCUUGGUGAUAACAGCAAAUUUCCAGGAGCCGGAUUAUUUAAUUACAACAGAGAAAAUGCAAAAAAACUUGCUGCCGUAGUCGAUGACUUAUCAAAGUCUAAGAGUCUUAUUCAUAAAACGUUUAUUCAAGUUUAUUUUCUACUAAUUUUCUUAUAUAGCAUGAUAUACUGUUCCGGUGACCUCUUGGCGGCAGUCAAUAUUCACAGUCUUUACACUGAUUCAAAAACUUUUGUGGAUAAGCCAUUAAAAGAUGACCCAGCUGUUGUCUACAGAGCUUUCAAACAACAGUUUUCUGGUACCCCAUUGUACGAUAUCGAUCGUGGUGAACUACGGGAUUUUGUGGACAAGUAUUUUGAAGAACCUGGCACCGAGUUGGAGCCCUGUAAUCUGACAGACUGGCAAAAAGAACCGCCAAUGAUAAUGAAAAUUCGCGAUCCGACUCUUAGACAGUGGGCGCUAGAACUCAAUGGAAUAUGGAAGAAACUUUGUCGCAAAAUGAAACCAGUAAAUCCAGAAAGGAAUUCUUUAAUUUAUGUCCCAAAUGAAUUUAUUGCUCCCGGUGGUCGUUUUCGUGAGUUCUUUUAUUGGGAUACAUACUGGAUAAUCAAGGGACUUUUGAUUUCUGGAAUGUACAACACAACAAAGUAUGGAUUCAUUCCAAAUGGUGGGAGGAUUUAUUUUUUGAAAAGAUCACAACCUCCGAUGUUUGCACCAAUGGUGUAUCAGUAUUACCAAUAUACUCAUGAUAAAGUUUUUUUGAAAAAAAUGUUGCCAACACUUGAGAAAGAGCUAAAUUUCUGGCGGAAAAGACGAGUCAUCAAUGUUACUUUGCCUGGUAGCAGUUAUACUUAUCGAAUGUAUCAUUACCGUACUGAAAGUAAUGUACCUAGACCAGAAUCUUAUAGAGAGGAUCUUACCUUAGCCACAAAAGUUGACAAGAAUAAAAGGCUACAACUUUAUCAGGAUAUAGCGUCAGCUGCCGAGUCUGGGUGGGAUUUCAGUACUCGCUGGUUUUCUGACAGAAAAACGCUGGGAACCAUUAAGACAACAAAAAUAGUACCAGUUGACCUGAAUGCUUAUCUUUGUUGGGACUUGGGAAUGAUGGAGUAUUUUUAUCGAGAAUAUGGUAACUUUACAAGAGCGCGAGAAAUGGGUAUAGAAAAGGCUAAGAUAAGGUUUGCAAUACAAAAUGUGUUUUAUAAUGAUACACUGGGAGCUUGGUUUGACUACGACACAGAAAAAAAAGCCCACAACCCAAACUUUUACCCGUCUGUUGUGAUGCCUCUGUUUGCAACAUGCUACCAAGAGAUGGAUUUAGCGAAGCCGCAACGGGUUUACGAUUACAUGGAAAAGGCUGGAGCAUUUAACUAUCCUGGUGGUAUACCAACCAGUCUGGUGAAAGAAACUAACGAACAGUGGGAUUUCCCAAACGGUUUUCCUCCAUUACAACAUUUGAUCAUCGAGGGGAUGCGCAAGUCGAAUAAUGCGCAGACUCAGCAACAGGUAAACAUUAAGCAAUACGAGCAAAUUACUCUUCAUUUAGAAAAAAUCGUGAGUUUUAGAAAUGCUGAUUUGCAGGCGUUUGAAAUAGCUCGUCGUUGGGUGGAAUGGAACUACAGAGUCUACAAGGAGACUGGAGCGAUGUGGGAAAAAUACAACGUCAGCGGAACAGUUCCACAACCAGGCGAGGGAGGAGAGUAUGGAGUGCAAGAUGGUUUUGGUUGGACUAAUGGAGUGAUAUUGGACCUCUUGACGUCAUACUCUAAUAUGAUGACCCUCCCGGAAGAAAUAACUACGACUGAAAACGGAUCUUUUACUAAAACUGCAGCUGUAUUUUCAGUUAGCUACAGCUUACUCUGCAGCAUUUCUUUACUUUUAUUGUUACAUCAGCUGUUCAAUCUUGUAUAA